UCUGGUGUGGAGUGUUGGGUGUAUAACGUAAAACGGUGGCAAAGCCCGCGCGAUGUCUAAACAAUAUUGCUAACACAUUGGUUGUUAUGUGCGGUGUGUUAGAGUUGAUGGUUUUUUUUCCUUCUAUAUAGUGUAGAGAGUAUGUAGUUCCAUACCGUUUGGUUGUGACGACGGCGAAAGUUCGGUACGGCUUUAGUUGCUAUUCAAAUAUUGACGAAUAAAGUCAUGCUUCGGAUUUAGACGCGUGGUGUGUGUUCCGUUGAGUGGCUAUCACCACCACAUCAAGUGUGCUAUCAGCAUCUUCCUGUUCGAUUGAAAUCGCGUGAACCUUCUUCAGUAGAAAAGAAUUAGGAGGAGUGCCGUCAUCAGAGUGCCUUUAUCUGCCCGAAAGCAUUUUUGCACAAUACAUUGAAUGGCACAUUGUUUUCACUUUUUCCUCCGAUAAACAACCUCUUGGGUGGAAAUUCUUGAGAUAGCAUCGUGAUUAGUGAGUGAUAUAUUUGGAACAAAAUAAUCAUCAUGAAGUAUUUAUUGUGUGUAUCCCGACAUUGAUUACAACGGCAUAUCGUGUGCAAAUCAAUGACGUAUUGUGUCACGUUUCUCAUGCAAAAUUCGCUAUUGGAGUAACCACAAAAAGGUGUACCUAUAUAUCGAAAGAUAAUCGAAGUGAAAAGCCCAAUUUGGAAAUGCCAACAUCGGACAAAGUUGUAAGGUUGCCAGAUCCAACAGUCAGAACAUAUCGAACAUCAGAUGAACGUCCACCUGUGUAUUCAAGAAAACUCUAUAAAGACUUUUUACCGAAAUCACUCAUCACGCAAAACCAGAAAACCCGUGUUCAAUUGAAAACAAUUAAAAAUAAUUAUAUCGGUGGGAAGGAGGUUGAGAAGAAAGAGGCUGACAAUCCGUGGGUAACUGGAGGUGCUCUGGGUACCAAAGAUGCCGUUCUUGUGUUCCGUACGUGUGUCCUUUCGCAGCACAACGCAUCGUCGUCGGAGCCCGAUUUGGUGGACAAUGGGAGCCCAUCGACGUCCAGUGAAUGCGUAGCUGGGGAGUCACUGCCAAUGCUGGAGCCAUCGAAGGGGGAGAAGAAGAGUCUCGGGAAGUUGGUUGUGAAUAAAUUGCGCGUGCAACUGGUGUCGUCGAUCAGUGAGCCGUCGAUUGCACGACGCAAUGGCAGCGAUUCGGCGGGAAGUGAUCAAGAGAAGGAGAUGGAGUUCAAGUCAAUUUCAGACUCCGAAACGCACGCCAAUGAGGACACGAGGAGUGACUCCAAGACGCCAAGGAAGGAUAAAUCGGAGGUGGUUGUACCCAAAGAUAAGUCUGAGAUGCCAGGAGCGGUGCUCAAUGUGCGGUAUCGCUUCAUGAACACCGAAACGCGACUUCUGCGGAAGAUUCUCGGUGGGCAUGGGCUGAAGGAGGCCGAAGAGGAUGAGACGUUCAAUCUCUUGUGGACGGGGAUUCACCUCAAGCCAGACAUUCUGCGCAAUCUUCUGCCCUAUCAGCGAGUUAAUCAUUUCCCGAGAUCUUCAGAAUUAACCCGCAAGGAUCGCCUUUACAAGAACAUCGAGAAAAUGCAACACCUCCGUGGUGGGUCCAAGAACUUCGACAUUGUGCCAGAAUCCUACCUACUGCCGACUGAGUAUCGUGACUUAGUUAGUGCCCAUAACAAAUACCGCGGUCCGUGGAUCGUCAAGCCCGCUGCUUCAAGUCGUGGUCGGGGGAUCUACAUCGUCAACACUCUGGAUAAGAUUCCUUCGGAUGAGCAAUUAGUCGUUGCCAAGUAUAUCAGUGAUCCUCUGUGCAUUGAUGGCCACAAAUGCGAUGUGCGCCUUUAUGUGGCUGUUACGUCAUUCGAUCCACUCCUGAUCUACGUCUACGAAGAAGGCCUAGUUCGACUUGCAACUGUGAAGUACAAUCGUAGUUCAGAAUUCUUGUGGAACUCAUGCAUGCAUCUGUGCAACUACAGCAUCAACAAGUACCAUUCGGACUACAUAAAGAGUCGCGAUGCUGGGGAUGAGGAUGUUGGGCACAAGUGGACACUGAGUGCCCUGCUGAGGCACCUCAAGAGUCAAGGCUGUGACACAGAGCAAUUGAUGCUGAACAUCGAAGAUGUGAUCAUUAAGGCGAUCUUCUCGUGCGCUCAAUCCAUCGUGGCAGCGUGUCGGAUGUUUGUGCCAAACAACAACAACUGCUUCGAACUCUAUGGCUUUGAUAUACUCAUCGAUGAUACCCUCAAGCCGUGGUUGCUGGAAGUGAAUCUCUCCCCAUCGCUAGGGAUUGAUACGCCGCUCGAUGCAAAGGUUAAGGCUUCCCUGUUGACUGAUCUGCUGAAUAUGGUGGGAAUUCCGGCAAUAAGUCCGCUUUUGAAGGCUGCGUACGAUAGCAAGUACGUUCGGCAUCGCAGUCUCAAUGGGAGGCGGGCAAAUUCAGCGGAUUUCAUCCAAGGAAGCCACACUCUGCCCAAGAAGCAUCAACAUCACACGCUGACAAGUCUUACAACGGAGGAAUUGCGGAUUGUGCGAUCGGCUAAGGCUCAAUAUGCACGACGAAGUGGCUUCAUUCGGAUCUUCCCGACGGAGGAUAGUUUAGCCAAAUAUGGGAUGUACAUGGAUCCAAUUACGGGCAUUCCAACGUCCACAACAGCGCCAUCGGGAACAUCAGUGUGUGCCAUGAUUAUUCCCCACAACUUCAAUGUUAUGCUCCACGGGCAGCUCUAUCCGCCGAAUAAUACGGAGAUGGAGAGCAGUAUCAGUGAUCGCAUGCAGCAGUACGAGAGAGCCCUGGAGACGAGCCAACCCCUGAAUUUGGGCAAUAAAAUGUACCAACCAAAGAGCACAGAUGAAGCACGAAGGCUCCGGAAGCAGAUACGGAAACUAAUUGAGAAUGGAAGUGAGAUGUCUCAGUUGCAGGCGAGGAAGGCAUUCCAAAUGUACCUGGAGUAUAUUCUGCGACGUUUGUCGACUGAAUCGAAGCAGUGCCACGAGAAGCUCAUUCUCAAAUUCAUCCAAAGAUCCGGUGUGAACUUCAAGACGCCCUUCUUCAUACGCAAUCCGUUUAGUCACAAAAUCCUCAGCAAGGAUCGCAGCGCCCUGGUGGCGAAGCAAUUGGGUGACUACAUGGAGGUGUACAACAAGGAGACGGAGGCACUGAGUGAUUCAUUCGAUCCGUAUGGAUCCAUUCCCAAUAGGUUGUUCAAUGACUUCCUGUGUCAGGCGCAGGAGUCCGAUCUCGAGGCGAUCCUCACAAUUCACACGAAUGCCACGCAGCAGAUGCCAUUCCUGUACAAUCGCUGUGCCCCUGGUGCCCCAGCAGCUCCUCCCAUUCCCGUGGGGGCUCAUGGAUUCCUCAAGGCCCUGCCCAAUAUGGCGCCAAUUGGCGUGAGCAAGGAAAGCCUCAAGAUUGAUCUCUACUACAAAUCAAUUGAGGCACGAUCGCCCGAAAAGGAGAUUCAGAACGGCAAGAGGCUGCCCGAGAAGACUUUUUCCUUCAACACGAUGAAGCGAAAGCAACACACAACAACCAAAUAAGAACAAAAUUCCUUCUCGCGCCAUUGCGCCAAUCCUUAAUCCUUAGAAAAGUUCUCCUUAAAUCUCUUUCAGCAAUCUUCAGGCAACUAUAAACUCUAAAGAAAAAAAAAUAAGCUAUAGAGAUGAUGACAAGAUAGUCAAAGUAUUGUGAUAACCAAAGCAUUUUUGUUCAACUCGAAUUUUUUUCUUGGACAUCUGUGAGAUUUAUUGAUAUGAAAAUGAAACUUUUUGUAAAGUAAUCUACUUUUGUAGGGGUCUUUUUUGAAUGAAUAAGUAAUUUAUUAAUUGAAUAUAUAUACGAUGCAUGAGAUAUUAGGUUACAAAAUGUUUUUAUUUAGAUUUUUAUUUAGUGAAGUGAAAAAAAUCUUUUUUAUGUGGUACUUAAUUCAAAAGCAGCUUUCCCCCAGUUGUCUAGUCAAUUAAACCACACGCAUUAUGAACUUAAAUAGAGCCAACAAGCAAAAAACCAGUGAGCAAUAUAUGAGAGCACUCUGCGAAAUUCAAAUCACAAAAAUCACCAAAGAGAAUGUAAAAAAAAUGAAGAAAAAAAUCUUUUAAAAAGUUUUAAUCGCAAAAAGCAUUCAGAAUGAUGUAAAUUAAAGUCCGUACUUUUUAGAUAAAUAGAGCAAAAAAUAUUCACAAAAAAGUAAUAAAAAAUGCAGAAAAUGUUAUUAAAAAAAUUAA